GUUUCCCACCCAACGGAACAGCAGCCUGUAAGCUCUCUGCGAGACCAUUGUCGGUUUGCUCGUGGCAGUAGAAACCUCGAUAUUCGCCAGAACUUCCAGUGUAACCCUCUGUGGUUUUUAUUUCAUCGCCUUCUUGAGCUUGGCGAGUAACCAGCUCCACUCCAUCGCGCGUUUUUCUCGCUGGCUCGAGCAUGCCACCGUCCGGAUGCGUCUCGAAUCAAUGUCCCACCUUGGGAUUUUGCCAUUCGACAAUUUUGGAGUCGAAUUCGCUCCGCUUCCGCCACCGAAUCGCAUUUUUUUGCCGCGGGCAACCUCCGCUCUCAGAGGAGGGGGGUGGGCGACAACUUCGCGGGCGUUGCGGAAGAAACGGAUCUGGCGUCGCACGCCCGAAACCUUGCUUCCGCGGAUUCCUUCAGACAGCAAAAUCACUUCCGGUCUAGUCGCGGUAUAAACUUUUAAGGCGGGCAGCAUGGCCACCGUAGACUCCAGAUUAUCCGAGCCAUACAGGUAAUAGUUUCAUCUGCCCGAACCUGUUGUUCCCUCUCCGUUCUAGCCUCCCUCCCCACCCCAUGCCUUCUACCUCCUACUCCCUCCCUCCGUCUCACAUAGAAAUACGCAGUCCCACCAGAGCCAUCUUCAGUCCACGAGUUUGUUUCAAUCACUUUCCAGCAAUUCAGCUUACAGCUUCACUUCGGCUCCCGUGUCUCCUUACCGCUCCAGCUGUAGGUUCGUGCUCUAAGCUUGUCGAUUUUCCCUCGAGUUUCUCCUCCCUCAUCAUCUAGCAGCUAUUUCGCAUGGCAGCAGUCGCCGAGAAUCCAUCGUUUGCUGAAGUGCUCAACAUGUGGAGGCUUAGAGAGCAAACGCCGGUUCAUGUGCAGCUGACCUCAACUCGGUGCUCGGUUGCAGAGGUAGACCGGUCGCAGGACGAUUCUUCUCAGAGCAGCACGAGCAGAGACGUCUCCAGCACACCUGGCUCGGAGGUCAGCUCCAUCGUCCCUCUCAGCACAGCAAGCAGCAGGGACUUCAGUGAGAUCAGAAGCAACGACAACGUCAGUGAAACCAGUGUCAGUGAUGACGUUGAUGAUGUCAGCUGCGAUGGCAGCAUGGAAUCCAGCUGGUGCAGCAGCAGCGAUGACGCCAGCAGCUGCUGUGACACUGUCAGUGCUUCAAUCGUUCCCAGCAGCACUGAGAAGAGCAGCGCCGCCAGCAGCACGCUCUUCAGCUCACCAGCUUUGACUAUAAUGUUGAACCUGGCGACAAGUGCACGCAAAUCACUUGCAGCCAGGAGGCCAGCUACAAGAAUGGGAGCAGCCAAAGCAAGGCUGCUGCCAUCCCUCAUUCCGAAACCUGGCAGCAGCAGGAGAGAGAUGAUGAUUCCGGUGUGGAGAAGACAGGAUGCGGACUUGGUGCUUUAGUCACUAAUCAAGAUACUAUGCGCUACAGAAGGCAUCAGCAUGAGUGAAAUGGAGGCGUGGGAUGCAGAAUGUGCUUUCUGAUGGACCCAAGGCAUUUGGGACCUGUGUGGUGAAGAGGGCUUGCAUCCUCCUAGUGCAGAGGCCGCCUGGUGCUGCUGCAGUGCUCCUGGUGUAUUGUCAGCUAGUGGGCUAGUAAAUCCUUGUACUAAAGCUGCUAUUUAUUU